AUGGGGGCAUUCCCGUCACAUGAGCUGCUCAGCUACCAGACCGAGGGGGAAGCAGCCUCCGACUCGGACUAUCGCGGGUCCUUAAGGAUGUUGACUGGCAUGCUCACUCGGCAGCACGCGGCCAAGAAACAUCGCGGCAAGCUACUGCUCUUGGGCCUCGACGGUGCCGGCAAGUCAACGCUAGUGAAUCACCUGUCUCGAAUCUCCAUCGGCGACGACUUGACCCUGUACACGGCUAAAGGCCUCGAGUUGCCCUCCUAUCUGUUUCCAGAGCCGACGAAGACGCUGCAGACGGCCUCCUACCGCGUGGAAUCCAGCGACAGAUACCUGCAGCUCGUGAAUCCUCCGGGGCGUCGCUCCUCUCGAGCCAAAUGGUACAGCGCCACGGGGGACUUCGCGUCCGCCUUCGGAGGGGGCAGCAGCUCCAACCUCAACAACCUCAACACGCUCGCCCCCUCGACCUCCUUCCAGACGUCCUCUCUCCCCAUUGUCGCCGUGCUCUUCGUCGUCGACGCGUCCGACGCCGUGCGCUUCCCCCUCGUGGCCUCGGAGCUCAUCCGCUUCCUCAAGCACAGAGCUCGCACCAAGGUCUUCUCCCAGACGCAGCUCCUGCUCGUGUUCAACAAGACCGACCGCUUCUUGCCGCCGCUGCCGGCCGAGACGCCCGAAGAACCGCAGUCCAAAGAGUACCAGCAACUACUCAACAACCGCAAGCAGCUGCAGCGCGCCGCACUGCAAGAAGCAAGACGAGAACUGCGGAAAUGCGUCGACUUUGAGCUGAAAAUGGACCAGCGGAGGCAUCCGGUGCGCUCGCGAGACGCCACUGGUGCAGCGCAUUCCUUCUCCUCUUCGUCCUCCUCCAAGUCGAAAGGGGUUUUAUUCACGGGCCCCGCGGCAGUGGCAGCGGAGCUCGGAUUCCCAAACCAUUCAGGCAGAAGGAAUAGCCACUCGUCUGGAGGCCCCCACUCUUCUCAUUCUUCUGCGGUUUCUUCCAUCUUCACCAACGUCGUCGAGUGCUGCGCGCAAGACCGAGACAGCGUCCGAGCGCUGCGGAAUUGGCUCAACGACGAGCUCAAGAAGACGUCCUCUCCUUCUUAA